AAAGUAAAGAACAAAAGUAAACACUAUAAAAACUACUCCUAUGAUCGGAAGCUACUUUUUGUCUAUUACAACAGGAUAAAAUUGUUUAAAUCUAAAAGGACAGCACAAAAAUGGACUAAGAAAUUCAAAGAUUGGAUCAUCUUUGAAAAACGAACCAAUACCGUUAAUAAACCAGCGGGACAGCUUGAAAAGAGGCACAAGAUCUAUCUUUUCAGUUUUUAUGAUAGCCAUCCUCAAGCCAAAGUCACAGAUGUAGUUGUUUCGAUUACUGAGAAAUUUGAAGGGCUUACACUGAAAGAAACAAGUGUCAAGAGCUUCUUGAAAACUAAAUGCUACCUUUUAUCCAAAAAAAAAACAUUCAUUAUCCAGCUCCUAGAAAUGAUCCAACCAAAAUUGCAAACUGCAAUAAUAGCAUGGGUAGAAAAGUGGAAUAAAAUAGAUAUGAAUUACCUCAAAAGUUGUAUUUUUUUUUUGAUGAAUCAUGUUUCAAUAUCAAUAUAA